AUGAACCGCAUUGUGGUACUUUCGAUAGUAGCUGUUUGUGCUGUAUAUUCGAUUCCAAUUCAAAAUUCACCUAAACUACAGUCUGAACGUUUGAAGGAACUUGAAUUAACAGUAGAAAAGCUGACGAAAACAGUACAGGAAAUUACUUUAGUGGCAAAAACAUCUGUUGAUCCAGCUUUAUCGUUUUCUGCAGUUCUUGAUGACGCAUUAUAUAACAUUGUUAUUGGACAAACCAUUCUUUUCAAUAAAGUGUUCCUAAAUGACGGAAGUGCAUACAACGAAAACACUGGGGUUUUUACUGUACCAGUGGAUGGCGUUUACCUGUUUUCAUACUUCGUCGCGGAAAUAAAUAACGAUCAAAUUGUAUUACGACUUGUAGUUAAUGGCCAAAACAAAGUGGAUGCUGUGGCUGAAGGUUUGCAGGACCGACACAAUGAUCAAGGUGGAAAUGUAGUUAUAUUGAAACUUACUGCAGGGGAUAGGGUUUUGAUUGAGGCAUAUGACACGUCAAACGUUCACAUUGAUGGUGGAGCAAGUUAUUGGUAUACCUCGUUCUCCGGGGCGUUACUUUAUGGACUUUAG